UAUGGGCAUGUCUGCAGAGGAGGAAGAUGCCACCAGCCCCAAAGAGGAGGAAUGGCCAGAAGUGGAAAAAGCUGAAAAGUUAGCAAGAGGCGCCGCUUUAAAAUGGGCAUCUGGGGUGUUUUACCGACCAGACCAGCUGGAAGGCCUGGGGCUUUAUCGGAUCCGCGAGCUACAGCGCAACAGUUCCAUCCAGUCCCGCAUAAAGUCUACAGUACAGUCCUAUCUGGAGGGAAUGAGCAUGGGCUUGGAGCAGCUCCAUUCAGCCAUGGCAGACGUCCAUCACGUAAGGCAAGCCCUGGAAAGUGUGCAGCAGGAGCUAGUGUCCAGCACAGACGCCUUCCAGAGACUGCAGCCACUACGGGAAGUUGCACUGGAACAUGCUCAGCUCGGUUCGGUUGUCCGUGCGCUGCCACGGCUUUUCUCAGUUCAUGAACUCCUCUCCGAGAGCUUUGAUCUCUUGCAACGUCAACAACUUCUAGAAGCCCACGCAGGGCUCAUGGACCUGGAGAGCUUGCGGGACGACAUCCUGUCCCGGCUGCACAAGCACAACCUGCUCAGCCCUUCGUACCAGGCCAGCGUAGAGUCCUACUUCGGGGGCCUCCAGGAACUGAGCGAGGCCCUAGCCCAGCAGCUGUGGCGCACCGUGGCCAAUGGCAUGAGGCUGAUGUUUGAGGACCCGUCCCUUUUUGUUUCUGCUCUGCGCAUCAUUGAGCGAGAGGAGGGCGUCGAUUCUGCCCUGCUGCAGAGACCCCAGGCGCCUGGUUUCCUCCCACCGGGACGCCCAAAGGGCUGGAGGCAGAAGUUCUUCCAGGUCCUCCAGGACACAGUAGUGGUAGCCCAUUUCCAGACUGUGCCUAGUGAGGCCCAGGGCCAGCCCCUGCCCAAGUACCUGGCUUCCUUGCAGAGCCGAAUUCUGGCCGAACUGUGUAUUGUGAAAGACCUCAUGGUCCAAUGCUGUCCGCCCCACUACAACAUCAUCAACACCUUCGUCGCCCUGUAUCACCAGGGCCUCACCAGACACCUCCAUCAAAUCCUCUCACAGGACCUCGAUAAGCAGGAGAUCUUCGCCGUCCUCCACUGGGCGCUCCACGUCUACCCUAGUGCAGAAAUGAUGGCACACCCAAGCCUUCUCCCUGAAGUAGAUGUCUCAGUCUUGGGCCCGUUGCUUGCUGCUGAGACGGUAGAUUACCUGGAAGAGACAUACGUCACCAAAGUGCAGGCCAACCUUGGUGAAUGGAUGCAGAAGACGCUGGAGAUGGAGUUUAAAGAAUGGUUCAGCGAAAUGGAGCCAGAAUCAGACUACGAAGGCUGCUUCCAGACCACUCUGCCCAUCAUUGCUAUGAAGAUGCUGGAUGAGAACAUCCGAGUGGCAUCCCUCGUCUCUGACGAGCUUCUGAAGAAGGUGCACAGCAUGGCUCUGGCGGAGCUGGAGUCCUUUCUGGGCAGCUUGACGGAGGCCCUGACAGAAUUUGACAGAGAACAUCAACAAGAGCCCACUGCAUCCAAGUGCUAUGCCCCUUACCUGCUGUCAACCAUCAACAACUGUCUGGCUCUCAGCACUUCUAUCUCAAACCUCUGUACAGAAGGGGUAUCCCUCUCAGAGCCCAGCAAGACGCCGUCCUCACUGAAUGUGGCCUUGGAGAAGGCUCAAAAGAAGGCAUGCCGGCUGUUACUGGAUGACAUGCUAGAAGAUCUUCAGCCUCUGUUUGCACCGCUGCUCUCCCGCCAAUGGCUGUCUGACUCUCAAAUGAUGCAUAACGUAUGUGAAGUGAUUGACACCCACGUGAAAGGCUUCUUCAGGGCUCGCAAACCUUUCAGCACACAUCUCCUGUCGGAUUCUGAGCACUUGGUCAUGAGCCAGUACGUGAAGGCGCUGCUGCAGAAGAAGAUGGUGUGCCGGAAUGCAGAGGAGAGGAACCAGAUGGGCAGGCGGAUGCUGCAAGAUGCCUCUCAGCUGACAGAGCUGUUCUGCACCCUGGGCUUGGAGGAGAGUGAUCAAACCCUCAAAGUGAUAGCUGAUCUCCAGGAGCUGAUCAUCCUCAAAGAUCCCACCAUGCUUAGCCUGAUAGUGCCGCGAUUUGUGACAAAAUACCCCGACAUCAGCGAUGACCAUGUUUCCAUGCUCCUGGAAGUGCGCGGCGAUGUCUCCAAAGAAAUUCGCAACCUGGUGUUGGAGAUAAUGGCACAGAAUCCUCAAGUCCUGCCAGAGAACUUCCAGCCUAUCUUUAGUAACAUUCUGGUUCCUGCUCCAGAGCUGCCCUUCUGCCUUGGCAAGCCCAAAUGUGCCUGAUGGCUCUGACACUGCUUGCAAAAUGCCGACCUGGUCAUGGCUGUAGAUGCAUAUCUCCAGCCAAACUGGAUGUGGAAGGGGGAUGAAGAUUGAGCAGGGCUGGGCCUGCCAGUGGUUGUCUGGAAAGCACUGAAGGCAAAACUCUUCCUUCCUUCCUUGGCUUAACCGUAUUCAGGGAUUCAAACACACUGUACUGUUUCAUGCAUGGUGGAGGGAUGAGGGGCAGAAUGCUUAAUACUUUUUUUAAAAAAAACUGGCAUUUGUGCGUGGGAGAAGAAUGGUUUGGUUGUUUUGAAGAUGCAUACUCCCAUCUUCCCCAGCCAAGCUUGCUUUGCAAGUCUCAGUUGUAUGUUGUCCUGGCAUCAGUUGGAUAUGCUUUGAU